ACAAGGGAAAUUCCUUGUUAUCGUAUUUCAUAGCCUAUUUAAACAACAAUGAACGUUUUAGAUUUAAUUUCAAUAGUUCAUUUAUGGAAAAUUAAAUAACAGCACUAUAGCUGACAAUGUUAACACGAAGAUUUUUUAUAGACUUUUGAUUUUGUAACAGAACAGAGCACCUGCUGAUAGUGAUAGUAAAAAAAUUGACAGAAGUUUUAGGUUUAUUGAGUUGAAAAUAUGGAAAAUUCAGGUUUAUAUCGCUGCGCUGGUGACAUAAUUUACAAUGACCAGGAGCCAGUACCAGGACACAUCAGUGAUGUACAGCUUAAGAUGUACUCAGAGACCAGUAACUUUCUUCAGUAUCUUAAACCCCUUACACCACAGAAUCCUUACUUCUUUGGACAGAUUAGAUCACUGUCAACCAAAAGCAAGGUUACUAUAGGUAUUGCUGGCCCAGACAUCAAAGAUGAUGCUCAUCCAGGUAACUGGAACAACACUGUUGGUUACCAUAGCGAUACUGGAAAAUGUUACACAUCACACAAAGAGAUUGCAAACACAUAUGGAGAAAAGUUUGGUAUAGGUGAUGUGUUUGGAGUAUGUGUAACCUACUUUGGACAACAAAUGUCAACAGUUACAUUUGUGAAGAAUGGAAAACCUGUAGCUACAAGGUACCACUUUGAAACAGACCACAGUAAGUUUCUGCCUACCAUAACACUUGAGAAUGGACCAAUAGAUUUAGGGAUCAUGUGGCCACAAGCAGUUUUUGGUAGUCCACAGUUUGAUGAAAAAAAUAUGCUACAUUGGAUGUCUGACCCUUCAGUACACUUUGAUAUGUCAAACAACAUGUUUAUUCUAGACAAGGCAAAAGAUAAAAUUAUUGCUACAGCACCAAUACAGAGUCCUCAGCCAUUGUGUUCAGGUUUUUCUCAUUUUGAGGUAUACAUCAAAGAAACUACUGAUGGGGCUGCAGCAUCAGUAGGAAUUGGUGAUUGUAGUCCUCUAAAGCCAUCACCAACAUGUGAAAUAUUACGGGACUUCAUGACAUGGACUGCUGAUGGCAAAGUAAACACAGUAGAAGAAAAUGACCGAGUUGGUAUGGGAGUACACUACCAUCCAGAUUCCAGAGAUAAUCCGGCAUACAAUGACAAAGAAUCACAGUUGGUGUUGUGUUUUGUUACCAAGAAUACCGUUACUAUCUAUGCAAAGAUGAUCAUACAACCCGAGGGAGGCUUCUAUCCUCUGGUGCUGCUUGACCAAAACUGUCGAAAAGUUUCAGUAGAUGUUGAAUCCAACAGAAUGAUAGAGGUGUAUGAUAAUUUAGACAGAGUAUUUAAAGAGGCUGUAGAAGAGGCUACCAAACAUAUCAUUGAAGAUUGUAUAAAGAGAGAAAUUCAUAUAAAAAUGUUCCGUAAGUCUGAUGCUUUAGUUUUGGAUGUUCCCAAGGAACCGUCAACAGACAUUGACCUGAGUAAAUUGUACUGUAGAAUAACACUACCUGCGGAGACUAUGGGAAUUCAUGCCAUACAGUUUUGCAAGCCUCUAACAGAAGACAACUCUUACUUCUGUUUAGAUAUAAAAACUCUCAAUGAGGAUUCCGUUGUAACUAUUGGCAUUGCCGACAACAAAUUUGACUUGAGUAAGCAUCCUGGUAAAACAGAAAACACAGUAGGCUGGAUGUCACAAAAUGGUCGCAUGUUCUACAACACUAGAUAUGAGGGCAAUGUGAAUGGGCAAAGAUAUGAAGAAGGUGAUACAGUUGGACUAGAUUGUUCAGUGUUUGAAAGUAGUCUUCCAGUAGUUUUGUUUUCAAAGAACUAUCAUCCUAUAGGAUUAAGAUACCUAAUGGCUAAUGAUCCUAGUCAAUAUUUCCCUACUAUUGCCGUCUGUGGAAAUGGUUAUGAGGUUGUAGUUGAUGUUUUUUGGCACACCAGACUAUGUGUUGGACCUACAUUUGAAAUUGAUAAUGUGAACUAUUGGAUUAUCCCAGAAGGAUCAAAGGUUAAUGAGAAAGAAAAAGUGGUAACAAUACCAGAACAUACAGAUGCAGAGGUCCUGCAAUGUCCAUAUCCACUCAGUGAAGAAAUUAAAUUCAACUAUUUUGAGAUACAGAUUGUAGAUAAAUUUGGGUCCAAGGCAGAUGGAGUACCACCACCUGGGAUAGCUUUGUCAUCUCCAUGUUUUCAGGAUAUCAGUGUCACCAUGUCAUCUAACUUUAGACAAGAUUUCAUCAGAUUUUUAGCAAAAGGAGAGGCUGAAUCAUCAGUAUCAGUUGGAGAUACACUAGGUUGGGGAAUCAUUGUGCCAAAAAGUGAACAAGAAAAGAAAGAAAAUAGACUUGUGAUCUGCUAUCUCUGUAUAAACAGAAACAUAGCCCUGACAAGGGUAUCAUAUGAACCUCCAGGUGGUUUUUAUGCAACAGUUUUACUAUAUCCAGGAGUAAACAGAGUGAAGAUAGGGAGGAUCCGAUAUAUUCAUACUCAUCCAAUCACAGAUGAUAAGAUUAAAAUAUUACUCAAAGAAGCCAAAGACAUCAUAGCAUUGGAAGAAACUGCAAAACUUGAAGGAAAUGAUGCUUUAGAUGUGAUAGAAGACAAAAAUUCGUUGUUCCGUCCACUUCCAGGAAUUGUUGAUGAAGCAGAUGAGAAAUCGAAGCAAAAAAUGGAAAAUGUUGCUUUCACUGCUAAUGCAAUUGAUAAACAGAAAAAGAAAAUGGUAGGAGGAAAUGAAUCCAAAGCUUGUGUAAUAUUAUAGAAAAGAGUGCAAUGUUAAAUGUGACAUGUAAAUUUUACCUACACAUACAUAACCAGAUGUGUACAUAGUGCAAUUGGGUGAAGGAUAUUUUGCUAUGCCAAAAUUGUCUUUAGUGCUUUCCAAGUUGAAAUUGUUAUUAUUAUUAAAUAUGUGUCAUAAUUUAUCAUGUAAGCAAGGCAUUGUAUUAGUGUAUGGACUGAUAGUUUCAUUAAUUCCAUAAGCUACAGGAAUUCAAGUUUGCUCAUCAAGUUGAAAAAAAGUGCCAAAAUAUUUUUGAUGUGUAAAAUUUGUAUGAUUUUAUCAGUUGAUAGUUAGAAUUAUUUUCAUUAAAAUAUAAAAUUUUUGCAACAAAAACUGUAAGAAAAUUGAAAGAAAUAGCAAUAUUAGAUUAAAGGUAGAUCAUUUAUUUCCACACCCCAUCUUGCUCCAUUUGGAGUUGGUGCAGCUUCUUCAUUUCUCUUGGUUGGUUUAUUCCUAAUGGAAGUACAACUUUUUAAGAACAUGGGUAAACAACCGCUACAUAUCUUAUCUAUUCUUUAGAAUGUGAUUUUGAAAGUUAAAACACUUAUCAGAACAGGACAAAAAAUAAAAGUUUGAUAAUUCAGUUCUUUUUCUUCACAUUAAAGUCUAAUGUUUAUUAGAUAUAAUGUAUUCCAUAGGAUACUUGAAGAGGAUUUGGGCAAAAUUUACAAGAUUUAUUAUAGCAUUCAUCUGUCUGUUUAUGAGUUUUGAUUUACACUAGAUCAUCUGUCAUAAUUUUUAAAUUCAUUCCAAGACUUGUCUAUACUCAGGGUCAUUUAGAGCUUGCUGCAUAUUUUUUUUUGUGUUGCCCAUUAUUGAAAGCCAUAUUAAAAAACUCAAUUUUGAUUACCAGACAUCUAAUUGUGUAUUAGACAUGCUCAAACUCUUAAAAGAAUUUGACCACUUGCCAGAAUAUAUUAUUUCAUUAAAACUUAAGCAUAUAGCUUGUUCAGUAUUUAAAUGAAUCACUUAAGCAUCAUUAUUUCAGUUUAGAAAUUUAGACUAUUUCUUUACAUCUAAUCAUGUUCACAUUAAGGAUGUAUUCUUCUGACGUUUUAGUCUCGUUGAAAUCUCGUUCUGGAAUUAUUUCCAAAUUAUGUGAUACAAGUGGAAAAUAUAAAUGAAUUUAAAAAAUGUUAUAAUCAAACUUCACUCUGUGAAAAAAUUGUGUAUUUACAAUGAGUAGUUUUUGAGAAAUCAAUUUUUCAAAUUUUAUUACCAAUCAAGUCAGUCUGUUUAGCCAAAUUUUGAGAAAAUGGGUGAGGGGUACAAGAAAUGAUUUUACCAGAAUCAUGUACAUCCCAUAUCACUUUUUUCUUUUCAAAUUUCUUAGAUAUGUAUUUUUUCUAUCAUUUAUAACAAAGACGUUGAAAAAAUAUGCAUUUUGUUCUUAAAACAGAGAAAAAUCAUAAAUUUACAAAAUUGACAGCAUGGUAAAUUUGACACAAAAAAGCAUCAAAAUAUGAUAAAACUUUCUUAUAUUAACCCUUACCAUGCGGGGGCCGUAAUAUUACGGCCGUACCCAGACCACCGUUAUUUGGCACCAAUGGCGCUCCAUUUUUUUGGAGGUCAACGUAAUGCCAUCUAAUUCGAAGUGUAUGCAUGUUUCCUCAAUCUUACACCAUUAAUUGUCAUCUUUCUCACUUUUAAUGUUCAUUUUGAGCUCAAAUACGAACUUGGAAAAUUGAAAUCGGACAAAAUUGGGUUAUUUGGAGGGGUGGGCUUACCUUCGAGGUCUGAAACACGAAGUUGUGAGGCCUGAAACUUGGACAAAUAGUGUAAACCCCAAGGCAUAUAACUACUGAUCGUGCUUAUUAUCAAAAUACGCCUAGGCAACGACUACUUCCGGUUGCAGGUCCAGUUAAAGUAAAAAGUCGGAAAUUUUUAGAAUUUUGGUGCAAAUGACCUUUUUUAGACUGGUGUACCCAGAUCAGUUUCACUCCGACCUAACAACUGUUGUGAUUAAUGUGUUCACUGGGGUCCACUCUACAUGCAAACUACAGUUGGAUGCAUCUAUUAGCAUCCCUCGGACGUCCAGGUCGAGAAAAAGAACGUAAAAACGUAAAAAUUGACGCGUUUUGCACAUGAGGACCAAAUUUGGGGCAAAUUCCCGCCCACCCUUCCCCACCUCCUCACCCCAACCACCCCACGCCGUGAUCCCCUAUCUUUGAUUUAAUGCAAUCAAUAUGCAUCAGCAUCAGGGUACAGCUCAUUUGCAUAUAAUUUGCAUAUUUUUGCAAAUAAUCGAAAAUUAGACAAUUUCUGAAAACAAUUCAGCAUGGUAAGGGUUAACACCUACCUAUAGUUUUUUUAAGUUAAAUUUAUUCAAAUUGGUCCACUUCAUCUUUAUUGAAAGUAUAAAAAAAAGUUUAAUUGUGGAACUAUGAUUUUUUUCACAAUAAUAGCCCAAAAAUAGGUAAAAAUUGAUGAAAAUGGAAAAAUCAUCAAAAUUGGGUACUUUCAAAGGGCCGUAGCAAAAAAAGAAGUGCACCACCAUAUGAUUUUUUCUUCGCUAAUUAUUUUUUUACAGUCAUAUAAACCCAAAAAUCAGGUUAAGAAAAAAAAGUUAAUUCUAGAAAUUUUUGGCUCACCAGAGGUGUACAUCCUUAAAGGUAAAUUGAGAUUGAUUAACUUGUCAAUUGUUGAUUGAAGCAGUUGGCAUUCACAUCAGAAACCAUAUAAACAAAUGCAACUGUGUGUGGUGAAAAAUGAAAAAUGGUGAAGUGUGUGAGUGGUGAAAAAUGAAUAAAUGGCAUAGUGUGUGGUGAAAAAUGAAAAAUGGUGAAGUGUGUGAGUUGUGAAAAUUUAAUAAAUGGCAUAGUGUGUGUGAUGAAAAAUGAAAAGUGGUGAAGUGUGUGAGUGGUGAAAAAUGGAUAAAUGGUUAAGUGUUUGUGGUGAAAAAAUGGUGGAUAUGUAUCCUAUGUAAAAGGUCUACUUGUGACUGCUAUAAUUGAAGUUGACAGUUGUAUCAACUAGUGCAAUAGAAGCUAUUAAGUGUAAUUUUAAAUAGUACUAUAGUUUAAAAAAUAAAUUCAGCAUUAUUGUUCAUCAAUAUGUUCACACCUGUCCAUCUUCUCAAUCUCAACUGCUCAGAUUUCAAUUCGAAAAAAACCUCAAUUUACAGAAGUCAGGCAGUAUUUUCAUUAUCUCGUAUUAUUUUACUAAAUUGAUUUCUUAUUUGUCUUUAAGUUGAUUUUAUUAAUGAUCCUAGAAAUAAUGGCACUAUUUGGUUUUGUGUCACAUUUCACCUUUACAUUUAUUAAUAACAUAUAAGUGGUGAUUUUUACUCAGAAUAUUUCAUUUGGAACAGUUUUAAGAGAUGCAGGAUAAUUAGAACAACUAUAAAUUGUCUCAAAACAGAAAUUAUAUUUGUAAUUGUCUCAAAACAGAAAUUAUAUUUGUAGUUGUCUUGAAACAGAAAUUAUAUUCGUCUCAAAACAGGAAAGAAAUAUUUGACACAGCCUCUCAUUCUUUUUGUUUCUUACCCUUUUACAAAGCUGUUUAAUAUUUUAAGACAUUUUUGUACGGUUAUUCUACAUUUAUCUUUUUUGAAAUUAAGCUACUUAAAACAUUCAUCUAUUGGUUGGUAUCAAUUAUUGUGGUUUGAGAAAAGUUUUGCUCCUGUCAAAGUUAUAAACUAUUUCUUUUCAAGUAUUUAGAAUUGAGAUUCCCUCUACCCACAAAAUGCAUGAAAAUUGGCAUCCCAUAAAUUUAUGUAUGUUAUGUACAAUGGUGUGUAUUGCAUAUAAGCCAGUGAUAUUGUUGAGGACAUGGACAAGUGCUUACAUUUGUUAUUAUUCUAAAUGUUGUAAAUGUUUAUACAUGUAUAAGUUUUAUAUUGAUGCAAAUUAUUUUGUUGUUAUUGUGUUUUUAAUAAUUACUGAAGUUAAAAUUUUCAGGGAUGAAGAUAAAUUGUGACAAAUUCAUAAUGAAUGUUUAUUAUUUAGGAGUUUGUUUUGAUACAAAUUUCAGGGAAAAUACAUAAACUAUUGAUCUGAAUCAAAAUCUUGGAAGACUUUACCAGUUUUUCCCCAGUUGUAGUGCAAUGAACUAACCAGAAAUGUUGAAUGGUUAUUUUCGAACCCAAAAUAUUUCCUUUCAUUUUGAACAUGACUAAUUUCAUAAUUACUAAUAAAGGACUCAUUCAAUUUUGUGGAGGUUUCACUUAAUUAUAUUUAUAAAACAAAAUUUAAAUUAAUAUCAAAUAAAUAUUGAGAUCACUUACUUUUGAUUAAACAAAAUUAUUUUUAUCUGAUCAUAUAUUUGAAUGGUAGAAAAUCAUAUUUGCUCAAAAACAAUAAUACAAAAUAAACAUAAAAUAUUAAAAAAAUAAUUAUGCCUGUUAUAGACAAAGGGUUAUUGGAUUUAUCUCCCCUAAACACCUUUAAUUAACAGGUUUACCUGCAUGUAUAUCUCCUUUUACAAUUAUAUCUUGAAAGAAUCUGUGGUGCAUAUUUUUUCAUUGUAAUUCUAAAAGUACCUCUUUUUUAAUGUAUGCAUAAUACCAGUUGUCAAAGUUUAAAUAUGAUCUUUAAUCAAGCAGUAGAAUAGCUUUUUCAUUGACUUUUUAUUUAAUUUCCUAGGCAAAAAAAAUGUCUUCCAAAUUUGUGGCCUUGAGAGAUAAAUAAAGGCUAGUGCUAAUUGUUUUAAGAGAUCAUAUUUAAAAUGAAUUAUUAGGUGUCAGCAUGAUCUUACUGUAAUUAAAUCAAUGUUUUUAAAAUAUUUAAUCAUAAUUAUGAUUAUUUAAUGUUGAUUUUCAUUAAACAAGAUGGUGAUUUUUUCACACACACUGGAAAAAAAAUUUUUGUUAGAUAAUAUUGAUGUAAAAAAAGUGAAAAAAAACACACAUCUACUACUGAUCAAGAAUUACACUAUUAAUAGUGAUCAAGAGUUACACUAUAAAUACACAAAUUUGUCAUUUAGAAUUUUCGCACAAAAAUCAAACAUUUUUAAUGAUUAUAAGUGUAAAGUCUUUGAUUGCACCAAAUACUCUGUUUGUGUUAAUGUUUGAAGUGCACAAUGGGUCAAGGUUGUUGAUAAUUAAAUACAGUGCAACUUUGUUUUAAUGGGACAUUCAAACAGCAGUACCUGUAUAAUUUCUCAGAUGAUGUGCACUUAAUGACUUAAAGAUAAAUGAUUUUUGCAAAACAACUUGAGUUUUUGUGUUGAGAUGAUUUAGAGAGAGUCAUUUCUGUCAAUAUAAAGAGUCUUUGCUGUUGGUUAAAGUCAAAUGGAAUAGAAUUUCACCAUUCUACUAAAAACAAAGUUGUUCUGUACUGUAAAGUUUUUAAGUUAUUAUUUUGGUUAAUGGGGUUAAAAUUUUGAAUUUACCUAUAUUCAUGAAUUCCAGUUUUUGUGGUACUUUCAUGUUUUGUAUUUCAGAUAUUGCAUUGAUCAUAUUAAAAUCAAAUCCAAACUUAUAUCAAUGUUUACCAAUUUUUCUAGCAUCUUGUCAGUUCAGGUUAGUUUUUACCUUCAAUUUUUUAUACAUUUGCUAGAAAUUGAAAUCAUAUUGUACAGAUGAAGCAGUUGCUACAGGUGACAUUAUGAUAGAUUUAAUUUCAGGGGUGGAUCCAGGAUUUUCAGGAAAGAGGGGGCAUAAUUCUACAUAUUGGUAAAUAAAAUUUGUUACAAUUUCUUAGGCAAAAAACUUUUUUUUUUAUUAAAAGGGGGUGGCAUAAGCCCUUAGUCUACAUCCCACCUAAAUCUGAAAUUUUAUUAAUUUCUAUUACUGACAUAUAUGUCUUUCAGUGAUGCUAGAUGCCAAAAUCGAUGGUUUUUCAAAACUAGAUAAGAAUGUUGAAAGAGCUGAUAAUAUAACCAAAAAGAACCAAAAGUAUAACCACACCCAGACAAUGAAUCAAAGCUAUGCAUGAUCAUGAGGGAAAUAAACUCUUCAAUUUCAAAUGAUUUUGUAAGUUUUAUCACUGAAUAUUUCAUAAAAACAAUAUCUGUAUUUUCAUGCCAGUAUUAAAGGACUGAGCCACUUGCCUGUGAUACCCUUGGGGACUAACAUUUCGUCAGCAGAGGUAUACGUCCAGUGGUAGUAAUAACACAAAAAAAAGGUAUCAAUUUUACUGCACCAGAUAGAAAUUUGGACAAAUACUGUCUUUUCAGUUAUGCUCAAGUUCAAAAUAUUUGGAAAUCUAAAACAUAAAACAAAUUUUCAAUUGCUGAUCGAUAUAACUGAAACAGGACUAAAAAUAUCAACAAAUCUUAAGACAAAGUUUCAGAGCUAUGCAUGAGGGAUUUCCAUUCCUUAAUUUGAAACAAUUUUCUAAGAUUUGUCAAUACAAAUUUCAUACAAGCAAUUACCAUAUUUUCAUGCCAGUUCCAAAGUACUGAGUUAAUUGGCAUGUGGCACACUUGGGGUCCACUAGCAAAGGUAUUGACAGCGAGUAAUUUUGGUUUGAACAUUUGAUACUUUUUAAACAAAUCUCUUCAUAAGAUUAUAAUACUAUUGACCUAUUGCUAGAAAAUUGGUUAACACUGACAUCAUUUUCUUUGUAAUGGGAAAAAAAUGGAAAAAAUGCAUUUAAUUUGGUAUUUUUGAUUUGAAAAGCAAUGAAAAUAACGAAAAACUUGAGCCUAAUGAAUGAAAAUGCUAUGUAUUACUGUUGAUUAUACAUAUAUAUUCCACCUGUUCUCUUUUUUUCAUUCUUGUACAUUUAUUUGGAAGAUAGGAAAAUGCAAUUAAAUUGUUAAAUUUGAUUAAUAUGCAAGAAAUGCAUUAAUUUAAAAAUUGUUUUCUAAAAUUAAAAAAAGAUUUUUACCCAGUUGCAAUUGUAUAAGUGUGUUCAUUUUCAUUUUUCUGGAUUUUUAAAACUGGACAAAUUAAUAGUAUACUUUCGAUUGUUAAAAGCAAUACUAAUUUAAUCUCCAUUGAAGGAUUUAUUGCUUUUGGAAAUAAAAUAUACAAUACAUUGAUAGCAGAUCAGUGCUUCAGUAGUGAAAUUUUUCUUACUCAAUAAAAAAAAAUGAGAAAUACAGUGAAAAACUUAUAGCAGUAGAUCUUUUAAAACAUUUAUAACUGUGAUAAUGUGAUCUCUUUUAAUUGUUCAUGUGAUUAUAUAUUUUUAUACACUAUUGUUAAUAAAAAAUGCAUGAUUUGUG